AUGAAGCUGAAUAACUAUUCGGAAGAAAUCGAACAAUUAAGUCUAAUAUCAGUACCUCCAGAUGGUCUAACAUCGUUUUUUGUUAAGAUUUUGUCUCGAUUUCAAGAUUAUGAAGCAAAAGAUUUUGAAAAAGAAAAUGAACAAGCCGAAGAAGAUACCUCAGGCAACUUAAAGAAGGAAACAGAUUCUGCAAAUAAAACAGGGACUUCUGCACAACUUGAUGCUUUGUUAUCACGUCUUCCACACAUGAUUAAUCGUGAUUUGAUUGAUCGGGCUGCAGUCGAUUUCUGUUAUUUAAAUUCUAAGGCGUCUAGAAAGAAAUUAAUCAAGACUUUAUUGGGAGUACCUCGCAUUAGAUUAGAUCUUCUUCCGUAUUACUCUCGAUUGAUUGCUACAUUAAAUCCACAUUAUCCUGAUAUAACAUCAUCAGUUUUGCAAGGGUUGGAGGGUGAAUUCAAAUCUUUACAAAGGAGAAAAACUGUUGAUUUGCUUGAAACUAAAAUUAAGAAUAUAAGAUAUCUUUCUGAACUAACAAAAUUCAAAAUUACUCCACAACAUGCUAUCUUUCAUUGUUUGAAAAUAGUUCUUGAUGAUUUUGCAAAUCAUAAUAUUGAUAUUGCAUGUAAUUUGUUGGAAACUUGUGGAAGAUUUUUAUUUAAAAGUCCUGAUACCAGUACCAGAAUGGGAAAUAUGUUGGAUAUUAUGGUUAGGAAAAAAAAUGUCCAACAUUUAGAUAAUCGUCAACUUUUGAUGGUGGAAAAUGCAUAUUAUCAGUGUAAUCCACCUGAUAGAACAGCAGUUGUUAAAAAGGAACGUUCUGUGAUGGAAAAAUAUAUUCUUAAACUUGUUUAUGCAGACCUUAGCAGGAAAAGUGUAGACAAAGAUAAAUCACCUUCUUGA